GGGUGUCUAAAAAAAAGUUGGAUAGGAGGGAGCAGAGUUCUGUCAUUGUCAAAAUAUAAAGUUUUGUUAUAGUCUUGGGAAAUUGCCAUAAAUACGCGAAAUUAUGUAUAAUAUUAUGCAAUGUUGUGACUGUUGAUUUACACUUGUGUCUUGUGAUAAUUUGAUGCUGUUAAGCCGUGAAAAGUGAUUCUCACGCGACCUUCAAGUCGAAAGGACUUGUUUAGGACGCUGUUUGUCUAACUGCAGUGUUUAUAAACACCUAUUCUUGAGCUUUGUUUCUCAUUGUUGGGAAGAACUUAAGCAUAUCAGGCUUUGUUUGUAAUGUGCCCAGUCCAAACAAUUGAAGAGGAAGUGUAUAAAGAAAUAUCGCUAAUGAAUCCUGCUUUCAUCCCCGUACAUUCAAGGCGAAAAGGAUUUUUCCGACAUCCAAAUAGAAUGUUCAGAAACUUUUCAGCCAUAAACUGUCAAACAGGUUUACUCAGUAUAAGUUAUUAAUUUUGAUACAAGCAUUUGCGACAAUUUGACAGCUUUUAGCUUAACAAAAGCUUUAAUUCUUACAAAGCUGAUUGACCAUUAAUAGUGGUCCAGUGAAAGCUAAAUAAGCAUCGAUUAUAUUAACUGCUGUAUUAAAAUUACAACAUUUGAGGAUGAAGCUUUUAGAAAGUACACGUUUUGAAGCUAUUAAUAGCGCCCUCUCUAUAAAAACAGGCGACAGUAAAAUAUUUGGAAGAAUUGAAAGCUACUCCUGCAAAAUGGCUGGCAAUGACAAACAGCUUUACAAGCGAUUUAAUUCAGAACAGGGAGUAACACCACAUGAUCUGCAAGCCCUGUCCCCACCACAAACUGCUUUGGGAGUUUCACCUGGAAGGUGUCAGUACAGUCAGAGUGUUUCUGGUGAUGAGGAUGGCCCACUGUGUGACACCAUCAGCCGUAAGACAUUAUUCUACCUCAUUGCCACACUUAAUGCAGCAUUUCACCCUGACUAUGACUUCUCUGAUGCAAAAAGUCAUGAAUUCAGUAAGGAGCCCAGCCUGCAGUGGGUGAUGAACACCGUAGACAGCAACUUGAGUGCCACAGCUGGUGAACAGUAUCGUGCAAUGCGAGCCCAGCUCUGGGCUGCUGUUGAUGAUGAAAUCUCUAUGAAUGAUUGUGACAUCUACAGUUACAAUCCCGAUCUUGCAUCAGAUCCAUUUGGUGAAGACGGGUGCCUUUGGUCCUUUAAUUAUUUCUUUUAUAAUAAGAAGAUGAAACGUAUAGUAUUUUUCACUUGCAGAGCUAUUAACCCCUUCUACCCACUGGAGUCUGGCUUUAGUAGUGACUUUGCUAUGGAUGAAGAUGAAGAUGAGACAUAUUAAAAGUAUAUGUCUGCAGAGAUCAUUAACAUAUAUGUGUUACCACCUUAUACAUGGAUGAAGACUUGUAGGAGGCCUUAAUUCCUUACCAUUCUGCUUCACCAUGUCAUAGUCAACAUUUUGAUCAUAGUUUUAUCACUAAAUAUAGAUUCUUUUAUGAUUCCAACAUAUACAUAUAUCAAAUGUUUUAAUUUUUUAGCAUUGUAAAUAAUUCAUUUUCAUUUGAAUCACAAGAGGAUGUUGGAUUGUUGAAGCAUUGUAAAAUAACAUUAUUUGGAGAGGAAUUUUCAAGGCCUUCAAUCUAUACAUUUUGCUGAGCUUAUACGUUCACCAUUCUAGGAAACUAAACAGAUUUAUGUAGUAUACAAUUUGUUUCUUUUAUCAUACUGUGGACAGUUCCAUGAUAGACUAAAAGUUACUCUUAAUGUGAUUUGAAAUAAAGAGCUGUUAGAACAGUUCUAAAAAUAUGUACAUUCUCUUUAAUAUACAGGAUUGUUCAAAACUUGAA